CCUCGACAAACGAGCAUAAAGCUUCGAAAAAUACAGAAACGUUGGUCGGAGGAGUGGUUGGAGGUCUCAUCGGCGGAGUCAUCAUCACUGCUGUCGUCGUAUUGCUGUGGCGUGUGUGUCGCAAAAGUAGAAGACAUCAAGAAAGUACCGGAGAACAGAUGGCAGACACUCACGCAUACCUGGGCCCAGGUCACACCAGCGACUCACAAGACAAAAAGAAAGGAGCAAAUGAAAAGUCUUCCUCUGUCCCUGACGUAGUUAAGACUUCAGUAGGAUCUGAUACUGGCGAGUGUGCGAUCAUCUCAGAGUCUGGCGACCAGGGAGACUACACUGAAAUUACAGAUGACAUCACUGGGGCAGCAGGAGGGGGUUCUGUGACAACAGCAAGUCAUGGGAUGGACCCACAGGGAGGACGUAAACCACAGCAUGCUGCUGACAAACCUGACGGAGAAUAUAACACACUGGGAAAUGCUACUGUGACCAAAGCAGAUGCUAAGCAUACCUAUGACAGGUUGGGAGACACUAACCCUGACAAAGCUCGCCUCGGGCACACUGGGAACAGCGGAUCAGGUGCAGAUGAUUUCUUCCUGGAGGAAUCUGAAGGCAACUACAACAGACUAGGGCAUGGUGCUACUGCUAUUACGACUGGUGUCAACAGUGAGUACAACAGGCUGGGGGACACUACUGAGGCUGGAAAUUCUGAAUUAACGGACACAGAUGCGCCAUCUUUGGAUUACUUAGUCCUCGAGGAACCUGCAGACACGUACAACAAACUUGGAGUUGAUGGGGCUGCAACUACGACUGAUACAAAGAAUACCUAUGACCGAUUAGGAAACACGAAUGUUGAUACAAGACCUAGAGAUUCGGAACCAUACGAAAUCUUGCUGAAGAAAUCAGGUGACACCUACACCAAGCUCGGAGAGAAACCGUCUGCCGAUGAAGUGGAACACACGUACAACAAACUUGGAGGUGCUACACACAAGAGAGAACCUGACGUCCCUCCUGAUGGUACCUAGGGACCCUCGUCAUAGGUCUCAGCAUAGCAUGUGUCUUAUACAUUCAUUGUUUAGUUCUGCAAUGUAUAUAGUACUCAACCAUAUUUUAGCAUUAUUUGUUUUAAGAAGUUUAGAAAAUUGGAAUGUGUGGUGAAACGUUAUUGAGCAGUCUAGAGAACAUAAUAAUUUUGUCAUACAUGUAGCUCAUGAGAAUAAUUUUUUUCAAUUCUGAGAGGUGCCUCUCUUUGGUGUGUAUGUCCCAUGUGAGGAUUUAGUCACAGCAAAUGAGGAUUUCGUACGUAGGAUAUUUUUAGAAACUGACUACUUUGUGUUUGUGUUUGUGGUCUGUCACUGAAAAUCCAAUAUUUUUAUAUUUGUCUGGUUGAAAAUGUAUCUCGGUCUGUGAAAACAGUCACCUAACCUGGUGAUGUUUUCUUCUCAUAAUCGAAACUGUCAAUGGACGCAAGAGAAGGCGUCAAUAUUUUCACUGGGACGCAUGUACCUUUUUAUGUCAACUAUUUCUGAGGUCGGUAGGUUUUCAAUUAAAUCACAGGGAAUAUAAAAAUAAUAAAUACAUAUAAUUACAUAUAUAUACAUACAUGUAUAUUCGUUGUAUUACCAUCAGUUAUCAUGCCCUGUUACUAUUAUUAUUAUUAUUAUUAUUAUUAUUCUUUCCUUAUAUUUAUCUGAAUAUGUAAUGCUUGCUGUAUGUUGCACUAUCACGUGGCUUGUUCUUUAAUGUGUGUCUGUACUUGGAAUAUAACAUUAAAAAAUAUGAAAUAAAUAAUAAUAUUUUGCUUAGCUCAAACUGUAAUAAUUUCAUACUUUGAAGUUUACACUGUUUCUUUCAUGCUGAUUGGCUGAAAGGGUAGUCACGUGAUCUGAUAUUUGGAGUUCACACACGUAACAUUUUUCACAUUUUUUUUGCAAACUUUUUUUGUGAACUUUUGCCAGAACUACUUUCCGGGGUUUCCCCGAAUUCUCGAUCGGUGUUUACGAUCAACUCGUUUUUCUAUUUUCUUCUAAAUCCCAGCAUUUAUCAGCAAUAUAUUUAAUUUAGUAUUUUUGCCUGGUGUUGUAACAUUUCACAUGACUUAUAAAUAAAUAAAUGCUUUGGUUCUGGUGA